CACGUCACCAUUCUUGUAUGUUACUGUCCAGUGUCCAAACACCAACAAUCUCCAUUUCUUUACUAAUUAGGUGAUGAUAUGGGUUUGUUCCAAGAUAAGCGUGUGGUUUACAAGCCUGUGAAGGAUGUUAACUUAGGCCCUCAUAGCACUGAAUUCUAUUUCCAUGACAAUGUUAAAGCACCACGCAUGACUGGCAUUGUAGUCAAGAUUUUCACUCUCUUGUUGGAAACUCGAGUAUUUAGAACCUCCAUAUUGUAUCUACUCAAGAGGAAUAAUCUUUUUCACAAGCUUAUUACAAAUGCAGAUUUGGAAGAUUCACCCCUCUAUGUUCCCUUACAUCACUUUGAAGACCACAGAGAACAAGAAGUCAAAUGCAUAGAUCAUGCUUUAACUCCACAAGAGCAAGUUCAGCUUUCAAUAGAUUGCUUGCCUACAUCUUCAUCAGAAGAUGAUGAUGCACUUAAUGGAAAAAAUUCUUCAUUCUGUCGGUGGACAAUAAUGGAUUAUUCUAGAGCCUAUAGCUCAGGAGAUAUAACACCACGCAUGGUCGCAGAACGCUUUAUAGCUGCUGUUGCUGAAUCUUCAAAAGCUCAACUCCAAAUGGGAUUCUUUAUUAACUACAACACUGAAGAUAUACUGAGGCAAGCAGAUGAAUCAACUCUUAGAUAUCAGAGAGGGGAACCUAUCUCUGUCUUAGAUGGAGUCCUAGUCGCUAUCAAGGAUGAAAUAGAUUGCUUGCCCUAUCCAACCACAGGAGGUACAAAGUGGUUGCACAAAGAAAGGCCUUGUGCAGAUGAUGCUUGCUGUGUCGGGCGGCUAAGGUUAUGUGGCGCCAUACUUUCUGGGAAGACUAAUAUGCAAGAACUAGGGGCUGGAACUAAUGGAAUCAAUCCGCAUUAUGGGGCUACUAGGAACCCAUACGAUUCGAAUAAGAUCGCUGGAGGUUCUUCGAGUGGAUCUGCUGCUGUGGUGUCUGCAGGGCUAUGCCCUGUUGCCCUUGGUGUGGAUGGGGCAGGAUCUGUGAGAAUUCCUGCAGCUCUUUGUGGUGUUGUUGGUCUGAAACCAACUUUUGGUCGUGUACCUCAUUCCGGAGUUCUUCCUCUAAACUGGACAGUUGGGAUGGUGGGAAUACUAGCAGGCACAGUUGAGGAUGCAUUGAUCACUUAUGCAGCUAUCUCUGGUGAAAUUCCCUCCAAUCAGCCAUCCAAAAUACCUAUCAAUCUCCCACUGCUGCCAAUGACAAAGUCUAUAUCUGACAUCAAGUUGGCAAAAUAUGGAACGUGGUUCAAUGAUUGCAGUGAUGAUAUCAGAAGAUGCUGCUCUCAUGCUUUGAACAAACUUCAGGAUCUUUAUGGUUGGGAGACUGUAGAUGUUACUAUACCAGACAUAGAAGUAAUGUUCCGAGCACAUUAUCUAACAAUCGGAUCAGAGUGCUCCACUUCGCUUGAUUCCUUUCGAGAAAAGAAUUUUGCAGAAUUAGGAUGGGAUACAAGGGUAGCACUUAAUUUCUAUAGUGCUUUCAGCAGCAUGGAGUAUAUCAAAGCUCAAAAAAUUAGGAAUCGGCAGUUACAGUUUCACAAGAAAAUAUUGGCCGAGGCAGAUGUCAUUGUGUCACCAACAACAGGUGUCACUGCAAACCCAAUUCAAGAGGAUGCUAUAAAGACUGGUGACUUUGACUACCCAAAUGCAGCUGCACUUGUUCGGUAUUCCAUAUCAGGAAACUUUUUGGGACUUCCUGCGGUGACUAUUCCAGUUGGAUACAGUGAAUUGGGUUUGCCUAUUGGUCUUCAAUUUAUAGGAAAGCCUUGGGCUGAAGCAACACUCAUUCACUUGGCAUUUGCAAUGCAGGCCAUCUGCAUGCCGGAAUACAGAAAGCCAGCAGUUUUCUAUGACUUGCUAAGAGAAAAUGAAAGUUAAAUCCAGACCAGAGGUUUUCUAUGAUUUAUUAACAAAAUCAAAACUUGAUUAGUUGUCCUGUCUGCUCUAUGGUGAUCCUUUUUUAAUCUUAAAUUUUAUUUCUAUUCUUGAAAAAGGGGGAAAAGUUAAAACAGGUCCUACCGGGAGUUGAACCCAGGUCGCUGGAUUCAAAGUCCAGAGUGCUAACCACUACACCAUAGAACCUUUGUUGUUGUUUAUCACGUAAUUGUACUUUAAUAAGUUGUGUUCCAUUCUUACUAUAAAUAGCAUACACUUCUCAAUCAAACUCGAUUUGCUUACUACAUUUGGAAGUUUGAACUGUUUCGUUUUACCUGCUGUA